UCGUCUUUUCCCGCCCUUCACUGGCGGAGGAGGGUCAGAGUUCAUGCCGCUCUCUGGAGAGUACUGCUCGAAGCCGGAGGCUGCGGGGACUAGUAGGUCGCGGACGUCCUUCUGGCCCUGAAUCGUAAGGGGCAAAGGACAUACAGUCCUCUAGGACUGUUAAGUAUACCGAGGGCGAGGAGGCGGGAGGAGGUUGUGUGGGCGGGGUCAGGGGUGAGAGGUCAGAGGGCUGCGAAGGGGGCGGAGCGAGCCGGAGGCGAAUGGCGGCUACGGCGGCUCAUCGUCUUCGGCGGCAGAGGCGUUGAAGCUGGGACGCGGGUCCGGCGCGUCCGACGGAGGAAGGAGAGCGGCGGCCGUUCCCAACAUGCACAGCCUGGCGACAGCUGCGCCUGUGCCUACUGCAUUGGCUCAAGUGGAUAGAGAAAAGAUCUAUCAGUGGAUCAAUGAGCUGUCCAGUCCUGAGACAAGAGAAAAUGCUUUGCUGGAGCUAAGUAAGAAGCGAGAAUCUGUUCCUGACCUUGCACCCAUGCUGUGGCAUUCAUUUGGUACUAUUGCAGCACUUUUACAGGAAAUUGUAAAUAUUUAUCCAUCUAUCAACCCACCCACCUUGACAGCACAUCAGUCUAACAGAGUUUGCAAUGCUCUGGCAUUACUACAAUGUGUGGCAUCACAUCCAGAGACCAGGUCAGCAUUUCUUGCAGCACACAUCCCACUUUUUCUGUACCCCUUUUUGCACACUGUCAGCAAAACACGUCCCUUUGAAUAUCUACGACUUACCAGCCUUGGAGUUAUUGGGGCCCUGGUGAAAACGGAUGAGCAAGAAGUAAUAAACUUUUUAUUGACAACAGAAAUUAUCCCUUUGUGCUUGCGCAUUAUGGAAUCUGGAAGUGAACUUUCUAAAACGGUUGCCACAUUCAUCCUCCAGAAGAUACUCUUAGAUGACACUGGUUUGGCUUAUAUAUGUCAGACAUAUGAGCGUUUCUCCCAUGUUGCUAUGAUCUUGGGUAAGAUGGUCCUGCAGCUAUCCAAAGAGCCUUCCGCCCGUCUGCUGAAGCAUGUAGUGAGGUGUUACCUUCGACUCUCAGAUAAUCCCAGGGCACGUGAAGCACUCAGGCAGUGCCUCCCUGACCAGCUGAAGGACACAACCUUCGCCCAGGUGCUAAAGGAUGACACCACCACGAAACGCUGGCUUGCACAACUGGUGAAGAACCUGCAAGAGGGCCAGGUCACCGAUCCCCGGGGUAUCCCCCUGCCCCCUCAGUGAUCCUCCCCUGUCCCCUCCCACUACUCCCCCAAGUGGGGGAAAGGAGGGGAUAACCUACGAGGAAAACAGCUCAGGUUUUAUCGCCGACUGGGAAUAGACAGCCUCACUGCUGAACUGCACUGGAGAAAAGGGGCAAGUUACCCCUGCCGAGGUGUAUGGGCUGCCUCUCAGGCUGCCUUGAGGACCUGGGCUCCCUCUGCUACUCCCAGGAAAUGGGCUCCUGACACAGCAGUCUUCCACCACAGCCCCAGGAGGGUGUCAACACCAGCACAUGCUGUAUUUACAGCACGCCCAAGAUGACCCUUCUCCCCCACCUCUCCCUAGCCGCUGGCAGAGAGGGGAGUUAGUGGUGAUAGCAGAAGCACUCUAGGCAUGAUGAACGCCUGGGACCAAGCCAUGUGGCGUUGUUGUAUUUUGCCUUCCUGGAAGACUCAAGAUGUGUGUCUUUAUUCUCUCUCUCAGUGUUUGUUUACUUUGUUUUUUGUUUGUUUGUUUUCAGUCUCAGAGAGAGGUGCAUUUAGUGGGCACAAGCUGUAAUAUUCAGCAAAACUUUGUCAAUUGGCACUGUUUACAAGUCUGUUAGCUGCAUAAGCUCAAUAAACAGUUGGUCUGGGCAUUACAUCCCCUCUGGUAGGCCAGUAGCUACAUCGAACUGUUGGGAGGAAUGGGAGGCAGGGGGAAGUGUAAAGCCAAAGGACAGCAAGAACCCAUCGCCUGUUUCCCUGCCUUCUCCCGUUCUUCUACUCCAGUCCCGAAUGCCACAAACACCUUAAUCUUGUUUCUGGCUUAAGCUGCUAGCUUUCCCAAAUCUCAGUGCUUUUCUUUUUUUACUUCCCUAUUAAACUUAAAACAGACAUCUUAAUUCAUCAGGCUGUCCUAGAAGGGUGUUUAUUGGGGGGCGAGGGGCAGCAGUGGACCUCACCUUCAAUCCAAGUCUUCAAAAAUACUUUCUGGGUGACUUUUAAAAGGGAGAUCCUUGGGAUUAGGCGACAGGCUUCUUGAUCCUAUUCUUUGUUUUAGGGUAAAUUUCAGCAGUUCUAUCUGUCUUCAUGAUUGUACUUGAAGCAGUAUUAGCUGAAUAUGUUAAUUUUAUUCAGAUUUAAGAUGGAGGGCUGGACUCUGCUCACUCUUUUUUUUUUGACAUUCUUUUUUGGUCUAUGGGUAUUACAGGGUUGCCACUGAAAUAUUUUUCACUGAUUCAUAUCGUGUCGGAGUUUUCCCCUUUCUUCUCUGGAGCUUUAGAUGGCUCUCUUCGCAAUCCACAGGGUUGAGUCUGUAAGCCAGUGUAAACUGCUUUGCUUUCCUCCAAUCCUUCCCCAUGCUAGCACCUGCUUGCUCUCUCUCAUCCCUAUCUCCAAUCAAAGAUGGGAUUGCUAAUUCAACUCCAGAGAGGGACCAAGUCUUUUGUGCUCACAUCUCACACAGUUGAGGUGUCUGAACAAGUUUGGGGAGGGUACUGUAAGGGGCAGGCUCAGAAAAACCUUUGCAGAGGCAGUUUUGUCAACACAAGGGCUCUUUCAAGCCAACUUUCACAGAGAGAGUCGGCCUUGUGGGUUGGCUUCUGCUCUUUAGAGCCAAGAAAGUAGUGGGUAAGUGGCUUAGAUGUAGGAAGGGGAGAAUAAGCACUUACUCCCCAGCCUUCCAGAAUGCAAAGAUAACCAGCCCAGCUCUCAGUCUCAAGCCUACCGAGGAGGGGUCUUGGAGAAAGCAGAGAACAAAAUGGACUGGAUCGGCAUCUUGACUCCCUCCAGCCUAUAGUCUGAGAUCUGAAGAAUCCACCUAGGGUAACCCUAAUUUUUGACAAACGCCUUCCUGCUGAGCCAAAGUUUUCUGAUUCCCCCUCCACUGGGGAAGCAACUGAGGCCCAGGGCCUUGCUCCCUGGGAAAUUCUCUUCUCUCUCCAUCUUUCGGUGCACUGGCCAUGUUACUGCACCAAUAGUGUCUUAAUUCUCGUCUCAUCUACUCAGCUGUCCUUGGAACCCACAUAGGAGUUGGUGGGGGCGGGGUGGAAUGGGUAUUACUCCUUGUAGUUGAUCCAGAUGUAUGUAUUAUAUAAAGAGGCCCUACCCCUUAUUUUGUGUUUUCCAUCCCUCUUCCUCAACAGGAUUGAAAUAAAACAUGCUUCUGUUUUUGUAAAAA